AUGCAAAAGGACAACCGCCUCAUCCGGGUGACAGUGGGUGAGGUCGUAGGUGGCACACACGUUCAUAGCCAGACAUUUACGGCAGUCCUAGUGCCCGAGCCGGGCCUCUAUCCGGUCACGCGGCAAACCAAGGUCUGGUUCCUGGACGGCGGCAGGCCCAAGCCCGUGCUGAGGAUCUCCCGAACUCAGAUCCCGCUAGCGCCGGCCUACGCCAUCACUGCCCACGGGAGUCAGGGUAAGACCUUGCCGGCGGCCAUGGCCGACUUCAACGUGGACAGGUGGACGGACAUCACCUUUGGAACCGUUGCCGCCAGCCGCGUGGCCCGCGCGCCCAGCGCGCCGUGCCAACAAUGCAAAGUGGUUAAGCCUUUCGACUACUUCGCGGACGCUCAGUGGGACAAAGCCAGAGCCAACCUGCCUGCCACUUGUCUGACUUGCAUUCAUAAGGAUGGAGGCGCCUGCAAGCGCAAACUGCCUUCCAAUGUUGAGCGGCUGCGCUGCAUUGGCUGCGGCUUCGAGAAAGUGGAGCACGCGUUUCCCCGAGCUCAACUUCGGCAGCCUCGUGCAGAAGAAAGGCGAAAUUGCAUCGCGUGUUUGAAGAACGUCUCGGAGUUGACUUGCUCGCAAUGCGCAGAGGUGAAGCCGCUGAAGGAGUUCCACCUAUCUGCGUGGACGCUGCCGUGGGCGGCCGCGUGUCAAAGUUGCCAGGACGCGGUGCGCGGCAAGGCUCGUCGGCUCCGGGCCGGAUGGGAGAAGUGCCGAGGCUGCGCGGCUUUUCUGCCCACGUCUUCUGCCGUCUACAUCAACCAACGCUGCCCUGCAACUGCGCGGCAGAUUCGCAAACGGGCGGAACGUAACUUGCUCAGAUGCAGAGGGAAAUGGAGCGGAUUCGGGCGGAAGAACAAGAUCCGCAAGACGAUUCUGCCCGAAUUGCCGCUAUGGUAG